AUGAGUAAUGUUUCUAAUCUUGAUUUCAACAAAACUCAGACAUCUCACGUGCAGGGCGAGUCCUUGUUUGUGGCCCUCGAGAUCUUUGUCUCCAGCCAAACUCUGCAUAGCUUCGGGCAAGUUUUCGACACAUGGUUCUCACUCACAGUUUGCCUGGUGGGGCUGGUCACCAACGUGGCCAACAUCGUCAUCUUUUGGAAGAUGGGCUACAGAGAAACGGUCAACAUCACCAUGUCCGCCAUCGCUCUCUGGGACGUGAUCAAGGUCAUGGCCGGGAUGACUUUGCGCUUCUACGGCCCCAUCUCCCUGAGUGACCCCGCCUUCGGGAAGUCCUGGGAGAACAUAACGUUCCACAAGCUGACCUACAUCCAUGUCCUGUCUGGGAACGUCUCCUACGUCAUGGGCGGAUACGUGGCCCUAGAGCGAUGCCUGUGCGUUCUUUGGCCAUUCACUGUACGCUCCAAACUAACCCCUAAAAUCACCUUCUCCAUAUUGCUAGCCAUAUCCUUGGUCGUAUUCGGAUCGCUCUCACCAAUAAUGAACAUGUUCGAAUUCCGCUGGGUUUACAGCAAGGAAUAUGGCAACUAUAUCGCUCUAUACGACUACGCACCUUUCUACUAUGAAGGAGGUAAAGUCUUUAUUCAAGGGUAUAAAAUAUUAAACUUCCUCUAUCCAAUGCUCAGCUUGUUUUCUAUGACCAUAAGCUCUGCUAUCAUUGUCUACCAGCUUCGCAAGUCUACAGAGUUCAGAUUGCAAGGUUUCAGAGGAGAAAGAAAGCAAGCGCAGAUUAGCUCCAGGGACAAGCAGGUCUUCAAGAUGCUUCUGGUGGUCAUCGUCUGCUUCAUCGCAAGCCUCUUCCCGCGGUUCGUUCACUACACGGUGAUGCUUGUGGAGCCGGAGUACUACUUCCUCAAGAGGUUUCAUAACAUCUUCUGGGUGGUCGUCUACAUCGUGGCGUUCGCAGACUUCCUGCACGCCUCGCUCAAUCUGUUCAUCUUUCUGGCCAUGAGCUCAGCUUUUCGGGGGAUGUUUUACAGCACGUUUCAUUUGCUCAGAUGUGACGGGAUAAAUAAACAAAAACAUAACAUCUUGGAGGUUCGAGACAUCGAGUUCAAAUUAGACUCUAACAACUUGAAAAAAACAAACAUUUGA